AUGAAGCAUCCCGCGGCUCCUCCUGCUGCAGCCAGGAUGGACCUGAUCCGGUACAUCGGAACCUGCCUGCCCAUGUUCCUGGUCGCGGUCCUGUUCGACCUCGUGGGUCUGGUCGUGCUCUUCGUGGGGAUCUUCGCCGACGUCCGGCUGGACGGCCGCUUCUACGGAGACUUCCUGAUCUACUCGGGCUCCCUCAUCAUCUUCUUCAGCCUGGCCUGCUGGCUCAUGUGGUACCUGGGCAACAUCCGGGUGGAGGAGUACGAGGAGCUGAGGAAGAGGAGCAGCAUCGUGGAGCUGGCCAGGAAGCUGUCGGAGAAGCUGAGCCAGAGGAUGCGGGGGGAGGACCGCGCCAAGUGCGUGGAGGACGGAGAGGACUGGGGCCAGGAGGGGGGCGGGAGCCCACCACCCAAAUCAGGCAGGGUGACCUGGGGCAGAUCCACCGCUUACUCCAAUGAAGGCUUCGACAGGUCCUUGGAGCCCUUGGACUCUGAGACCCCUGAUCCUGAGACACCUGAUCCUGAGGCCCCUGAUCCUGAGGCCCCUGAUCCUGAGGGCCCAGGUCCUGAUGCACCUGAUCCUGAGGCACCUGAUCCUGAGGCCCCUGGUCCUUAUGGCCCUGGUCCUCAGGGCCCUGGUCCAGUGAAGAACGUGGACUCCGUGUGA